CUGCCACUUGAUCAUCAUUUUCUCAUCCAACAAAAUGAGCUCUCAAUCUGUUCAACACAUCUCAGAGUGUUACAUCAAACCAUCUCACCUUUCACAAGACUCUAAAAAAGUCAUUCAUUUGGCAACAUGGGACUUGGCCAUGCUCUCUUUUCAUUACAUUCAGAAGGGCCUUCUCUUCAAAAAGCCUGAUGCUCAACACAACUUCAUUCAACCUUUUCUAGAGAGCCUUAAACAUGCUCUUUCCAUCACUCUUGCUCAUUUUUAUCCCUUAGCUGGUCGCCUGGCCCGAAAACAGCAAGAUUCGCGUUCUUUCAUUGUGUUCAUUGAUUGCGUUAACAGUCCUGGUGCAAGAUUUGUGCACUCUUCAGUUGACACAACAAUUUCGGAUAUUCUUUCACCGCCUUAUGUUCCAGUAAUUGUUCAAAAUUUUUUUGAUCAUCAUAAGGCUGUCAAUUAUGAUGGCCUUGACAUGUCGUUGCUCACGGUCCAAGUGACAGAGCUCGUCGAUGGCAUAUUCGUAGGAUGUUCAGUUAACCACUCUGUGGCUGAUGGCACCUCUUACUGGAAUUUUUUCAACACUCUGUCUCACGUUUUUCAAGGGUCACAAGUCACACCACCAGUCCAUGAACGGUGGUUUCCGGAUGGAUAUGGUCCAUUUAUCGGUCUCCCUUUUACGCGUGAUGAUCAAUUCAUCAGCAGAUAUGAUGCCCCGGUUCUGAAAGAAAGAAUCUUCCAUUUUUCAGUCGCGAAUUUAGCAAGAAUCAAAGCCAAGGCAAAUGCUAAUUGCAAAGACAACAAGGCUAUCAGGAUAUCAUCUUUACAAGCCUUGUCAGCAAUAAUAUGGCGUUGUGUGACGCGAGCACGAGGCCUGACAGAGGAUCAAAUCACUAGCUGUUGCAUGCCCGCGAAUAACAGAUCAAGAUUAGACCCCCCUGUGUCGAAAAACUACUUUGGAAACUGCAUUCAGAUACUAAGAACAUUCACUACAGCAAGCAAGCUACUUGAAAACAACUUCGAAUGGGCUGCUCUCCAAUUGAAUAAAACCAUUGUCCAACACGACGAUGAAUCUGUGCGUAAAUCUGUGGCUACAUGGCUGGAAACUCCAAUUACUUACCAAUUAGCACAACUGGUUGAUCCUGGUACCGUUGUAGUAUCAAGCUCACCGCGUUUCAACAUGUAUGGGAACGAAUUCGGAUUCGGGAAGCCUGUGGCAGUUCUCAGUGGAUAUGGCAACAAGUUUGAUGGUGAAGUGACAUUGUAUCAAGGAAGUGAAGGCGGAGGGAGUAUCGACACAUUAAUAUGCCUGAAUCCGAAUAUAAUGAGAGCACUGGAAUGUGAUGAGGAGUUCUUGGAUGUUCUUAAUUGUUCAUGUUAAAACUAAUGGGCAUUUGGAUUGUGGUUGGGAAUGGAAUCGGGAAUCCAAGCACCUAACACAAUGGUUUGAGGUUUCAAUCUUGUUAUUCGGGCUCAUUAACCAUGAUUCAAUCAGCUCCUAAUUAGUUAAUCAGAAGCAUUGACAUGUUUGAAAAAUUAUCACUUCAAUUUAUCAUCUUGUUCCCCUAAUUGUUAAGAAAGUAUAAGUAUUCACGUGUCCUGCUCGAAGAGCUUGUUGUAUUAAUCUGUUUUCGUGUUUC